AUGGACAGACAGCUUCCCCUUCCGGGAUACAGAGACUACCAACGGCCCUACGGAUCCGCAGAUGACGCUUCAAACCCACAUAGACUGCCUUUGUUGCCAGCUUUGGGGUCGUUGCCUACAGUGUCAACAGCACCUGCAGCAUCUCCCCCGUCAGCGAUGACCGAGGGCCCUGGCUCGCCCCGACAAAUUCCUCUUCCGCAAACACAGCAAGAACACCUCAUGUCCAUCAACAAACACGUGAUGAAGACUCUUUUGCAAUCAAAGUCAAGCGAUGUGUCUGUUCCACAAACGCCUCCUGAAAAACCCAAUCUGGGCCGAGAUCGUCAGGAAGGCCCCAUGGAAAUUCCUCGCUUCAUUCCGUUUCCCGGGUACCCCGUCAUUCCACCGGGGUACGUGCCCGUCAUGAUGUCUCCGCAAGGGUUUCUGGUACCGAUGCAGUUUUCGCAGACCCCGGUUAAGGAGGACGAAAAAAACAGCGAGAGCCAAGGGUCUUCGACUUUGGAAAGUCCGCAGCCGUCAAAAGUGCGCAAGAUCGCACAGCUCAUCAACUCGCCACUUCCAGAGCCACAGCAGCUGUAUCCGGUGGGACCUGUGGCGCCGCUGUUGUAUUUCAACGGUCCGGUGCUCGGGUCUAAAGAUAAAUUGGCCGCUUUUCAGCUAUGUUUGAUUUCGCAAGAGUAUUUCUCCGAGCUAGUCUCCAAACUAUCGCCCAAGGACCAAGAACUCCUUGAGGACCUGUACACAUACGAAAAAGAGCAUGUUGCUGUACCACCGGAGGAGUUACGCCAACAGUACACAGCCGACCUGAACGCUGUGAACAACACAAAGACCGUUGAAAAACCGUUUUCCAAACGCAGCACCCGCGUCAACAAGGUGACACACGGUCUUGAACGCGACAUGGCCGAGAAACGAGAUUUGGAACUGCUGAGACUCGAGCUGUUCAGAGAUUACAACAAGCAGCAGAUCAUCAACGAUUAUACAGGCCGGACAAUCGAGCUUUAUGGGUCAAUGUGUUUGGACUACACCACGCGGCUGUCCAAACUGAAGAAGUUCCUGCUACAGCAGAAGAAGCUGCUACAGACAGAAAACGCCGACUUCUUCAACGUGGCUGCUACAGACUCGGAGAAGCUUUGGCGCAGUGCGUUGCCCGACCACGUUGCCGAACAGCCAGAAACAAGAUACCUUGCGCCGCCAAAGAAGAAGCAAAAAGUGGAGCUCGACCAGAAACUCUCGGACAACGACAGCUACUCGUCGUCGGCGUCCGCUUCUGUUUCAGGACCUCGGUCGUCGUCGAGGUUCAAAAAACAGCCUAAGGAGGACGCCAAGUCCAAGAAACGGGGAGCCAACCAGGUGAAGGAGCCGGUGCUCGAUCCAAUGACUCCAGUUACCACGGAGGAGCAAUUGCGGAUGAUUACGGCUCCAAACUCGAGAACCUACGAGAAAUACGUGAUUGGUAGCUCCGAAAAGGAGAUAGCCGACCAGAGCGAUAUCCGGCAGCUGGCCGAGCAUUUCAAGACGGAAUCGACUCUGGCGGCCGUGAUCAAGAGAAAAGAAGACGAGGUGCGCGGGAAGAAGAAGAACAAGGUGCUACGGGACCUGAUCAUGGCCCACGACGCUCAACAGGCGAAAAAUAAGCCCGGUGCAUCGUCGCCUCGGCCAUCGACAGCAGACCUGCUCAGCGUGCACGACAGCGACAGCGACAUGUGGAACCUGAACUACUCGCUUUCGCUGGUGAGAGAAUACAAGCUGCCAUUGGGACUGACCCAGGACGAGAUCGACAGCGAUCUUGCCCAACUUGGACUGUGA